AUGACAUUUUGAUUUGAUUGAACCUAAAGCACUGAAUAUAUAUACAUCUGUUUCGGUAUAAGGACCACCGAGUAUAUAUACUUAUAAACCAAUCUCGACAUUAGCAGUGAAAUACAGAAUGCUAAAUGCAAAAUUUAAAUGUUUCACUUUGAUUCACUGAAUCUACAUGCAACAACAAUGACAACCCAGAUUACCAGCCAGCUGUUUGAUCCAAUUGCAAAAGAUGUAGUAGUUGAACAUAAGAUCCGAAUCUUCUCCGCCGUUUUCGACCCACCACCACCUUUAGAUAAACUCUCUCAUCAGAUCGAUAUGGAGAUUGGGUUAGGUUUCGCUAGAUUCAACAACUCCCAAUUUCGGUUCGAAGAAGGAAAUCGAUUCAACACGGACACGCAAGGUACGAGGUGCGCCAGAAAGGCAGACCCCACCGACGGAGCCGUUAUGCCUGCGGCGGUGCAUGCAUUCCAGAUGGACGGUCCCAUUAUGGAACGUAAGUUAUGCCUCCGGUGCAUGCAUUCCAGAUGGACGGUCCCAUCAUGGAAACGUACGUUAUGCAAGACGGGUGCAUGCAUUCCAUGCCAGACGGUCCUAUUAUGGAAUUUAGCAAUUAAGGACAGACUCCUAUAAAUUGAACUGUCCAACAUUAAGGUGAUACGUACCAGAGAAAACCAAGCAAGAAACAAACUCAGAAAUGGCUUUUCCGGUGAUUGAUCUGAAUCAGUUUCCAGAUCCUGAAGGGUACAAGAGGCUGAGGGAAGCAUCAGAGCAAUGGGGUUGCUUCAGGCUAGUCAACCACAAGAUCCCAUUGUCUCUCAUGUCAGAGAUGAAGAAGGUGGUCAGAUCUCUUCUUGAUCUGCCCGCGGAGAUCAAGAAGAACAACACUGAUGUCAUAUAUGGCAGUGGCUACGUCGCACCCAGCAAGGUCAACCCUCUCAAUGAGGGUUUGGGUCUCUGUUACUUGGGAUCAUCUGAGACUGUGCACACCUUUUGCUCUCAGUUGGGUGCUUCUUCCUACCAGAGAGAGGUAAUAGAGAAGUAUGCAGAAGCAGUUUAUGAGCAGAUGAUGGAUUUAGGGGAUAAGUUGGCACAGAGUUUUGGGCUGCAGAGUGAUUUUCUGAAGGAAUGGCUGUGCCAGUUUAGGUUUAACAAGUACAACUUCACUUCCGAAUCCGUGGGAUCUCCCGGACUUGAGCUACACACCGAUUCGGGAUUUCUGACCAUUCUUCAAGAUGAUGAAAGUGUUGGUGGUCUGGAAGUGAUGGACAGGCAGUCUGGUGCUUUGGUACCAGUUGAUCCUUGUCCAGGCACUUUCGUUGUCAAUGUUGGAGACACUGCUAAGGCAUGGAGCAAUGGAAGGCUGUGCAAUGGGAGGCACAGAGUGCAAUGCAAGGAGGCCAGCGUUCGAGUCUCCAUUGCUUUUCUUCUGUUGGGACCAAAGGAGGAAGCAGUGGAAGCCCCUCUGGAAUUUGUUGAUUCGGAGCACCCACGUCUCUAUGUCCCUUUCACUUAUGAAGAAUUCAGAAAGAUCAGGCUCUCCAAACAUUUGCGAGAUGGUGAUGCUCUUGAACUUGUGCGCAUCAAGUCCUAAUUGACUGAUAUGAUUCAAGCUAGUUGGCAUAUAAAAUUGCUAGCUGGUGAUGCUCUUGAACUUGUACUAAAUAAUCGAUUCUAGACCGUACUAUAUUAACGGAUCAGAAUUGGCAAUCAAUAAAGAGGAAUGGGAAGAAGGUUUGGUUGGAAGCUAGGUGUUCUUCCUGUAUGUCCAUUUUCCAUUGAACUGGUUACCAAAUUAUCAGAAACAAUGUGAAUUUAUCAAGUUGCUAGUCAUCUAUCCGUUUAUUAUUCAUUUCAAAAUCCUUCGUCUUUAUCUUAUAUGUUUUUAUUAAACUCUUAUUUUUGA